UUCAUUCUUCCUCUACCUUACAAAUACGAGAAAGAACAAAGCAACACACAAGAAAAGCAAAAAUACUUCACUUUUUUUUACUAAUUAAUUAGUUUUUUCUCCUCUUUCCGAAAAAUAUGGAGAAUUACGUCGACGAGAGUGGUUUUGCACCUCUAAACCUAACUAAAUUCACACGUGACGAAGAACAUAUGAAAGAAGAAGAUUUUCCAUUCGAAGUCGUUGACCAAUCAAAGCCCACAAGUUUUCUUCAAGAUUUUCACCAUCUUGAUCAUGAUCAUCAGUUUGAUCAUCAAUAUCAUCAUCAUCAUGGCUCUACGUCUUCAAAUCCUUCUUUGCUAGGUGCCCCAAGGACGUUGUCUUGUAUCAAUAAGGUUCCCUUGCAACAUUGCUCUUACCAAGAAAACUUGGUCGACUUUUAUGAAUCUAAGCCACAUUUGAUGAAUCAUCAUUUCCAAGCUUCAGACAAUCAGUACUUCACUCGUGAUCAUCGUCACCAAGAGAUCAGUUUGGUCGAUGAACAUAAUCCUGUUGACUUGGAACAAAACAACAUGAUGAUGAUGAGGAUGCUCCCUUUUGAAUACCUUCCUACGGCAAUAAUCAAGCCUACGAACUUCAUGAUGCCAGAUGAAGUUUCAUGUGUUUCUGCAGAUAAUAAUUGUUAUAAAGCGAUGAGUUUCAACAAGACCAAACCUUUUCUGACAAGAAACUUGUCUUCAUCAUCGUCUUCAUCAUCAUGGAAAGGAAAGAAUAAUACAACCUUAGUCAAAGGACAAUGGACUGCUGAAGAAGACAGGAUAUUAGUUCAGCUUGUGGAAAAAUACGGAUUGAGGAAAUGGUCACACAUCGCCCAAGUGUUACCAGGAAGGAUUGGGAAGCAAUGUAGAGAGAGAUGGCAUAACCAUUUGAGACCUGACAUUAAGAAAGAAACAUGGAGUGAAGACGAAGACAGAGUGUUAAUAGAAUUUCAUAAAGAGAUUGGAAACAAAUGGGCUGAGAUUGCAAAAAGACUCCCUGGAAGAACAGAAAACUCGAUCAAGAACCAUUGGAACGCAACAAAACGAAGACAAUUCUCCAAGAGAAAGUGUAGGUCUAAGUAUCCAAGACCUUCUCUAUUGCAGGAUUACAUUAAGAGCUUGGAUUUGGGAGUUUUGUCGUCUUCUUCUGUUCCUGCAAGAGGUAGACGCAAAGAAAGUAACAAGAAGAAGGAUAUUGUGGCGGUUGAGGAGAAGAAGAAGAAGGAAGAGAAGUUUUAUGGACAAGACAGGGUUGUGCCUGAAUGUGUGUUUGCUGAUGGCUUCGGAUUUAAUGAGAACCUGCUUGAGGAAGGAUGUAGCAUUGACUCGUUGCUUGAUGAUUUUCCUCAGGCUGACAUCGAUGCUUUUGUUCAUGGAAUCUGAUUUGUAUUGCUCUUUUCUUUAGUUUUUUUUUUUGGUUUCGUUUUUUUGGUAUGAGAGAGAUUCCACCAAACUUUGAGCAAAAAUAAUUCCACUCAAUAAAACAACAUAACUAUAUUUUAUGUUUACAACUUUACAUGU